CAUGCUCUGCUCAAGCGGCUGCAGUGGCUUCUCAGUGCUAUCUCGGCCAUGACACACAUCUGACAUGCCCUCCCUUAACCCACUCGUAGACUGUCUCUCUUCUCCUGCAGCAUGGACCAAAGAGAAAUUCUGCAGAAGUUCCUGGAUGAGGCACAACACAGGAAAAGUAACAAAGAGGAGUUUGCUAAUGAAUUUCUGACGCUGAAAAGGCUAUCCGCCAAGUAUAAGGCAGAUAAAACCUAUCCCACAACCGUGGCUGAGAGGCCCAAGAAUAUCAAGAAAAACAGAUAUAAGGAUAUUUUGCCCUAUGACCAUAGCCUAGUAGAACUGUUCAUGAUAACCUCUGAUGAGGAUUCCAGCUACAUCAAUGCCAACUUCAUUAAGGGAGUUUAUGGACCCAAGACUUAUAUUGCCACCCAGGGACCUUUGUCUACAACUGUCCUGGACUUCUGGAGGAUGAUUUGGGAGUACAGCAUCCUGAUCAUUGUUAUGGCGUGCAUGGAGUUUGAAAUGGGAAAGAAAAAAUGUGAGCGCUACUGGGCUGAACCAGGAGACACGCAACUGCAACUUGGUCCUUUCUCCAUUUCCUGUGAGGCUGAAAAUAGAAAAUCUGAUUAUACAAUCAGGACUCUAAAAGCCAAGUUCAAUAGUGAAACUCGAACCAUCUAUCAGUUCCAUUAUAAGAAUUGGCCAGACCAUGAUGUGCCUUCAUCUAUAGACCCUAUUCUUGAGCUCAUUUGGGAUGUGCGUUGUUACCAAGAUGAUAACAGUGUUCCCAUAUGCAUUCACUGCAGCGCUGGUUGUGGAAGGACUGGUGUUCUCUGUGCUAUUGAUUACACGUGGAUGUUGCUAAAAGAUGGGAUAAUUCCUGAGAACUUCAGUGUUUUUAGUCUGAUCCAGGAAAUGCGAACACAGAGGCCUUCAUUAGUUCAAACUCAGCAACAGUAUGAGCUGGUCUACAAUGCUGUAUUAGAACUAUUUACGAGACAGAUGGAUGUUAUCAGGGAUAAACACUCUGGAACAGAGAUUCAAGCAAAGGAUUCAGUUUUUGAGCAAAAUCCCAACCUAAAAGCAAAACCUUAUUCUCCUAAUUUACCAAAAAGUACCAUAAAAGAAGCAAAAGUGAUAAACCAACAGAGCAAAGGAAGGAUAAGGGUGAAAAGUGCAGAAGCUUCUUCCUUUGACCUCAGGACUUCUGAAAUAAAUGAAAAGGAAGGGUUAGUCAUGCACCCUGCUAAACAGAGCAGUUCUUUAGAGUUUUUGGAACUGAACUGUGGUUGUAACAAAAAUGCUGACACAACCACGAAAUGGGAGACAAAGGUAUUCCCAAUAGCUGGGAAGCCUCUUCAGAAGCAUCAAAGUUUGGACUUGAGUUCCAUUUUGUGUGGAGCAUAUUCUAAAUCUAAACCUGUAAAUGCAGCAGGAAGAUAUUCUAAUUUAAAGGUGCCAAUACUGCGGACCAAAUCAACUCCCUUUGAAUUGAUGCAACAGAGAGACAGCAAAGAGUUGGACAUAAAGGGAAAUUUUUAUUUGGAAUCUCAACCACACAAUUCUUGUCUUGAUCAGCCUCAAAAAGUGAUGUAUGUUUCUUCAGCAGAACUGAAUAUUUCGCCAUCACAUGACUCUAAGCAUCAAACGUGCAAUCCUGCUAAUGAAAAACAGCAUGACUCUGGUGCUUUUAAUGAGCAUUCUUAUAUGUCUUUAGUAGAAGAUCCUUAUUUUUCAUCAUUGUCUCCAAGUAGUGCUCAUUCUAAGAUAUCUUUUGAUUUACCUCAGAAGCAAGAUGGAAGUGUUUUACCUUGUUCUUCACUGUCAAAAUCCUCUACAACCCUCUUUCCUUAUUACAAUUCACAUGAUUCUUUAACACUGACUACUCUGACCAGUUUUCCCCCACCACUGAACCAAGAGACAGCAGUAGUAGCAACUUCUCCAAGGAUAGAUGAUGAAAUCCCUCCUCCACUUCCUGAACGGACACCUGAAUCUUUUAUUGUAGUAGAGGAAGCUGAACUCCCACAGGGUGUUCCCAAAUCUUCAUCUUCACCUGUAAAGGUAAAAACUGGAACGUCACUAGAAUGUAGUGGAACAUCUGAAUCAAAGAAAUCUGAUGAUUUGAGUGUAAAACCCCAGAGUCCAAAAUCAGAUCUACAACAAGAUCGUUCUUCUUCCCCACCACCUCCACUGCCAGAGAGAACCUUAGAGUCCUUCCUUCUUGCUGAUGAAGAUUGUAUACAGGCUCAAUCUGUAGAGACUUGUUCUACUAGCUGUCCUAACACCAUGGAAAAUUUAACAUCUUCAAAACAGACACUGAAACCUUCUGGAAAGAAUUUUACAAGGAGUAAGAGUUUGAAAAUUUUACGAAAUGUGAAAAAGAGUAUCUGUAAUUCUUCCCCACCAAACAAGCCUGCAGAGUCAGCUCAGUCAAGUAACUCCAGCUCCUUUUUGAAUUUUGGUUUUGCAAAUCGUUUUUCAAAACCCAAAGGACCAAGGAAACCACCAUCAACUUGGAAAAUUUAAAACAGCUUUGGAAUAUUGCCUGCAAGUGAAUCUGUAAAUAAAACUAAUAGAAUACUGCUAGCUAAAAUAAAUGUAUAUUCAUAAUAUCAACCAUGAAGAUAUGGUAAUAAUGUUAAUAGCUUUAAAAGACGACCAAUAUGCAAAUAAGUGUCAGAAGUUUUACAUUUCAUCUCAUUUACAUUGGGUUGGAAAGCACAAAUAGGAGUUUGUCAUUUAAGCUUAUGUACAGAGAAUGCUGUAUGAGAAAGUUUUGGAAUGGACUUAUUUUUCCUUUUUAGAAGUUAUUUUUAUUCUACUUUACCUUUCUACCUAAAUAUAAACUUAAAAGAUUUGUAAAAAUUUGACCUCAAAUAAAUGUCUACAUUCUCAGAAGUUACUAUAAAAAGUGUUUUGAAAAA